AUGGCUAAUCUCCAAAGCUCUUCCUUUCUCCUGACUCUCUGUCUCUUCCUUAUCACAUCUCUCUCUUCCGAUUUUGAUCCUUCACAAGACUUCUGCGUUGGCGAUCUCAAAGCUUCGCCUUCAACCAUCAAUGGCUUCCCUUGCAAGUCAUCAGUCUCCUCUAACGACUUCGUCUUCUCUGGCUUAAAAGGUCCGUUAAACACAUCAAACCCUAACGGUGCAACCGUUGCUUCCGGUAACGUCCUAACGUUUCCUGGCCUAAACACGUUAGGGGUAUCAAUGAACAACGUUGAAUUCGCUCCAGGAGGUGUUGGUCAGCCUCAUACACACCCGCGUGCGACUGAAGCAGGAGUUGUGAUCGAAGGAUCGGUUUUUGUAGGGUUCUUGACUACUAACAAUACUCUGUUCUCAAAAGUUUUGAGUGCUGGGGAAAUGUUCGUUGUACCUAGAGGAUUGGUUCAUUUUCAGUUUAACGUUGGUAAAGGGAAAGCCCGUUUGAUAACCGUUUUUAACAGUCAGCUUCCGGGAGCGGUUAUUCUGCCAAAUACUCUGUUUGGCUCAAAUCCGGCGAUCCCAAACGCUGUUUUGACCAAAACGUUUAGGAUUGAUGAUGUAACUGUGAACAAUAUCAAGUCUAAGUUUGUUGUUUGA